AUGGCGCUCGCAUUCGCGCCGCCUGAUCUGAUGGCGGCCUUGCCAAACCGUACGACUGAGGAGAGGCGCCGCUUCGUGAUGGACAACGCCAGGACUUCUGCCGUCAAGCUGCACUGGGUCCAAUGGGCAGCCUACGGGGAGGACACGCAGCGCGAGUACUUCAGGGUCGACUACUUCGGAGACCGCUCACCCGACGACACGCGCUAUUGGGAGAGCGAGCCCGAGUCGGUGACGAGCCCGCAGGUGGAUCGCGGAGAACGGGGGGAACCCGACACCAUAGACGUCGACGACCCCACGGUGCAGGAUGGCGCCGAGAAGGACAGCGACGACGGCGACUCCCAGGUGAAGGAUGGCGCCAUGGCCGAGAAGGACAGCGACGACUCCAGGGUGAAGGAUGGCGCCAUGGCCGAGACAGACAGCGACGACUCCGAGGGGAAGGGCGGCGCCAGCGAGCAGCACGACGCCAGCGAGCAGCACGACCGGAUGCGCAAGUUGUUGGAGGCGUGA